AUGAGUAAAAGAUUUGAAAGUGGAGCUAGCAAGCGCAAGAGAAAGAAAUUAGAAAAUGAUAUGGUAGCGAAGAUAAAACCAAUCACUGCUUUCUUGCAGAAGACAGAAGCCACAGGUGCUGGCAGUGAAGUAUGUGCUUUGACGCUAGCACAAGAAAAUCAGUGUGACGAAUCUGAUCAGCCAACUGCUAGCAUUCAACCAGAAGCAAGUUUUACAGUAAAAGCAAUGCAGGACGUUGCACAGCAACCAGGUAGUGAGGAAAGAGCCAUGUCCAGUGAAAAUACAAGUUUAUUUCAGAACUCAGUUGCUGCAAAGAGAGGGGGGAAAGAAACACAUGAAAGUAGUGGAGAUAGUCAAAUUUUUCAAUUCAAACCUGGUGAAGUAAGUCAAUCACAAGGUAUUACAGAUACUUAUGCAGAUAAUGCCAAACAUAGAUUUACACAUACACCGAGUUUAAAGGUCGUUGCUUCUGAUGGUUUUGAUGACUGGCACAACUCUUAUCUUAUCCAAGCUCAUGAAAACUCAGAAAAACACACAAAUGCCAUGUUAACCUACCUAACAAGAAAGCGAGGAUAUACGCUUACUUCAAAACUGGAGGAGCAAAUAAAAGUAGAACAGCAGUAUUGGAGGCAUGUAAUGGAAAGAAUCACCGCUGUUAUUUGUACUCUUGCAGAACGAGACUUACCUUUUAGAGGGGACGAUGAACGAUUUGGAUCUCCCAAUAACGACAAUUAUCUUGGUCUUUUAGAACUAUUAGCCAAGUUUGAUCCAUUUUUACUUGCUCAUAUCAAUCGCUAUGGAAAUUCAGGAUCAGGAAAUCCCUCUUAUUUGUCAAAAACUAUUUGCGAAGAGAUGAAUUAG